GAUCACGAUCAGAAAGGAAAAACUAGCAAUUGCAGGCGGAGAAUUAGAUUUUGAGAGAAAAAGUGAGUCGUGAUCUGUUGCAAUGGGAAACACCGAAAAGCUGAUGAACCAGAUCAUGGAGCUCAAAUUCACUUCCAAGAGUUUGCAACGCCAAUCCCGCAAGUGCGAGAAAGAUGAGAAAGCUGAGAAGCUCAAGGUCAAGAAAGCCAUCGAGAAGGGUAACAUGGACGGCGCCAGAAUUUACGCCGAGAACGCGAUUCGCAAGCGCAGUGAACAGAUGAAUUACCUCCGUUUAGCUUCUCGUCUGGAUGCUGUUGUCGCUCGCCUUGACACCCAGGCUAAAAUGACCGCCAUCAACAAGUCCAUGGCUUCGAUCGUCAAAUCCCUCGAUUCCUCUCUUGCCUCUGGGAAUCUGCAGAAGAUGUCUGAAACCAUGGACCAGUUCGAGAAGCAAUUCGUUAACAUGGAGGUUCAGGCCGAAUUCAUGGAGAGUUCCAUGGCUGGAAGCACGUCGCUCUCCACGCCCGAAGGCGAGGUUAACAGCCUGAUGCAGCAGGUUGCAGAUGAUUAUGGUUUGGAGGUCUCCGUUGGUCUGCCUCAGCCUGCAGGCCAUGCUAUUCCCACCAAGUCUUCCGAGAAGGCGGAAAAGGACGACCUGUCCAGACGCCUUGAGGAGCUCAAGGCUAGAGGGUAGGUCUGUAGGAUUUAGUUAAUCCUUGGCCUGGGGUAAGUUUUGGUGUCUGUUAUGUAAUAUUGGUGGAAUUGUUGAAUUCUGCUGUGACAACUUCUGUGUAAAUAAUUGACUGGUUUACAUUUCUGUUGCUGUUUUUUUCCCUUAUGAGGAACUUUAUUCCUGGUGUAUAUACGUACUAUGUUUUGUCUCU